AUGCCGAGUCAAAAGACUUUCAACAGCGAGGUCAUUGACAUUUCCUCAAGCGAUGAAAGUGCCUCGAAUAGCACCUCUGCGAACUCAGAACCGUGUGCUAAUUCGCGAAUUGAAACGAGAGAGCUGGCUGAGACAAGUAGGCCUACCAUCGGCAGAAAAGUUUUGAGUGAUAUACUGACGAAGCUAUCAGCGAUUGGGUCUCGACUGCGUGACUGCGGUCACUGUAAGGAUGUGGAUAGUACAAGAUACUACGAGAACGUGGGCGGCGAGCCAGCAGGCGAGGGUGACAGUGGCUCUGGCGGGCUUGACUCGGUCGCUGGUAUCGACCAGCCACUGGCGCAUAUUCGCCGUCGUUCGUUUCCCAAGCAAACGAACCCCGAAUUAUCGAGGCAGAGAUUUGAUGAUGUGAUACCCGACUCAGAGGAAGAUUCCGACGAUGAGGAACUUCGAGACGCCAACACAGAUACAAAACCGAAUAAAGCCAGUGAACUAACCACAGAAGGAAAACGGGACGGGCCGCGAGGCAGAACCGCAGUAGGGAAUAUGCCACACAACAAGCGCAAAGCUUCUAUCGAGCCAUCGGAACAGAAUGUGCCUAGUACGGAGGAAAGACAAAAACGACCACGGUUUAGAGUUGACAUGGCCUUUCGGGUCAACCCACCAAUAGUUGACGAUGACAGGGAAUCAUAA